AUGUCUGAUAUUGAUGCUUCUAAGUUGGUGAUAGAACCAACCACUAAACCAAGUGAACCUCGUCCUAAUGAGGACUUAGUGUUUGGUAAAUAUUUCAGUGACCAUAUGCUUGAAAUUGAAUGGACAGAAGCUGAAGGUUGGGGAGUUCCUAAGAUUAGUGGAUAUCACCCUCUACUGCUUGAUCCUUCAACAGUUGUUUUCCACUAUGCAUUUGAAUUGUUCGAAGGUAUGAAGGCUUACCGUGACAAAGACAACAACAUUCGUACAUUUAGAAGUGAUAAGAAUAUGGCUAGAAUGAAUAACUCAGCUGCUAGAGCAUCUAUGCCAACUUUUGAUGGUGAAGAACUUAUGAAAUGCAUUGACAAAUUGGUACUUUUAGAUAAAAAAUUCGUGCCUUUCGGUGCUGGAUACUCAUUGUAUUUAAGACCCACAAUGAUUGGUACUACACCUACAUUAGGUGUUCAUGAACCUGACAGAGCUUUACUUUACGUCAUUUGUUCCCCUGUUGGUCCUUACUACAAGACUGGUUUCAAACCAGUUUCUCUUGAAGCUACUGACUAUGCUGUGAGAGCAUGGCCAGGUGGUGUUGGUGGUUAUAAAUUGGGUGCCAACUAUGUUUCUUGUAUCCAACCUCAAACAGUAGCAGCUAGCAAAGGUCAUCAACAAAACUUGUGGUUAUUUGGUGAAGAAGGAUAUGUUACUGAAGUUGGUGCUAUGAAUGCUAUGUUUGUCUUCAAGGAUGAAAAUAACAAGAAAGAAUUGGUUACAGCUCCUUUGGAUGGUACUAUUUUACCAGGUGUCACUCGUGAUUCCGUUUUACAAUUGGCCAGAGCAAGAUUACCAGCUGAUGAAUGGACUAUCUCUGAACGUAAGUUUACUAUCCACGAAGUUGCCGAAAAAGCAAGUAAAGGUCAAUUGGUAGAAGCUUUCGGUUGUGGUACUGCAGCAAUUGUUUCCCCUAUCAACAACAUUGGCUUCCAAGAUAAGCAAAUCCCUGUCCCAUGUGGUGCCAAUGGUGUUAUUGGUGACUUGACCCAAACUGUUGCUGAUUGGAUCAGAAAAAUCCAAUAUGGUGAAGAAGAGUUUGCUGAUUGGUCUAGAGUUGCGAAAUAA